CUCGCGUGACCGCGGCAGGUUGGUCCCGGAGCCGAGGAGCGCAGUAUAUUUAGGCGCGGGCGCGAGGAGGGGGGGGCGCGCCGGCCGGAGGAGUUCCUCGGCCAGGACAAGUAUGCAUGCGUUAGGGCACCUCUGACAGAAUGGCCGUGGAAGCUCUCCACUGCGGUCUGAGUCCACGGGGCAUCGACCACCCUGCCCGUGCUGAAGGGAUUCAACUACAAAUUGAAGGAGAAGGUGUGGACUCUCAAUCCAUUAAGAACAAAAGUUUCCAGAAGGUGCCAGAUCAAAAAGGAACCCCCAGGCGACUGCAGGGCGAGGCGGAGACGGCGAAGUCAGCUACAGUGAAGCUGUCAAAACCAGUGGCUCUGUGGACCCAGCAGGAUGUCUGCAAGUGGUUGAAGAAACACUGUCCGAAUCAGUAUCAGAUCUACAGCGAGUCAUUCCGACAGCACGACAUAACUGGGAGAGCCCUGCUGAGACUCACGGACAAAAAGCUGGAGCGCAUGGGGAUCGCCCAGGAGAACCUCCGGCAGCACAUCUUGCAACAGGUGCUCCAGCUGAAGGUGCGAGAGGAAGUCAGAAACCUGCAGUUACUCACACAAGGAAGCGAAACAGAAGCAUGAAGUUUCAUGAUUAAAUAACUGGCCUCCCACCAGCCUCGGCCGAGGGUUCUCCAUAAACACAGUUAGCCUUCCACGCUGCUGUCCUGCCAGUGGGUAUGAACAUGGCCUGUUCCCCACGAUGAGACGAACUCAUCGCACUGCCAGAAGAGAUCCUUGGAGCACUGGCAGAUUAACUGGAUUAACCGAAAAAACAUCCAUUCAGUCAAGAUCAUGAGCUUUGGAAAGAAACCUUAGUUUGCUAUGGAUUUUAAAAUGAGGUGCAUAACAUACAGUGCCAGCUCAUUCCAAGUGGUCACUGGCAGACCACUGGCUGGAAGAUUGCUUCUGGUCUUCAUCACUGUGCAUAACUCAAGUUCCUUUGGGGGCGCUACCUGUGCCCUUCACUAGAAGUCCUGUUUUAGCAUGGCAACUACUGGAUUAUUUUAUUAUAUGUGCAGGUGGCAUGAUGUUCUAGAAAAAAAUUCACAGCAGUUCUGCGAUCUCAGUGGAAGUGUUCACAAUGUUAUGCCCUGGUAGGAAUGUAAACGUGUCUCAAUUAUGUUAGUUAUGGUGUCCAAAGGUAUUCUGUCCGAUGCUGAAGCACUUUAUAGAGAACACUACACUGACACAAAUCAGCACGUUCAGUACAUGUAGGAAAACAAGAAUUUUCUUUUAUAAACUUUGUCUUAUUUCUGGCUCAGACUGUCCAAGACAAGCUCCACUACUAGCAUAUCCCCACUCAUGUGUGGUAGAUUGGUGUAAAUAUGGCCAUAAUACUGUUAGACUUCACUUCUCGACACUUUACUGAUAACUGCAUAAUUUGCAGCACCAAAGGCAAGAAGAAGCAGGCCUGGCAAUUGGAUAUUUGAGCUCUUGGGUCUUUAUACCAAGGCACAACUCAACAUGCACAAAUACCCAAGUACAAGAGGCUGCUAUUUGGCCAACGUACACAUUCUCUCAGUCUGUAAAGAAUUCUUCCAAAAGCAAAGGAGGAGAGGCCCCUUCUUAUCAUUAGCCGUGGUGGGUUGAGGCUAAGGACACAGAAUAUAAUUUUCCUUUGUGGUCUCACUGUAAUGCUUUGGGAAAUAGCUUAGGUCAGGUUUAAAUCACAAUUCUCUGAUUUAAAUUAUGGGACUCCACUCUGUGCCUAGAGAAGAAGAAGGGUUCCAUCCCAUACUAGGUUGAUUCCUCAGCACAAAACCUCCUAGUUCUCUUAAUCCUUUCUGGAAUUGAACCCAUGACUAAUUUUUUAUUUUUUUUUUAACUCUAUCUUGCAACAAAGCACAGUCCUGGGAAACUGUCCACUUGGUGACGGCUCGUCCUCAGUGACUGGCCCUGUAACACACCUUAGGGUUUUCCUCCCUGGAGAUCUCGAGUAGGCUGAGUCAGAAGCUCAGCACAAUAUGUUCUGUGCGCCACUGCCCCGUCCCGGGCUGAGGGCAUCCGAGGCCCCUCUUUCGAAUGACUAGGACGACUUCUGGGACCCUUCCAGAGCCUCUACUGCAUGUUCGGGGAGAGAGAUCAGGAUGUGGCUGUGCAGCCAGGGAAGGGGGCUUCCAAAGGGAACUCACAGAACUUCCAGUUACCUCCCACACCUGGACUUCUGAUCCGGCGGCACCCAAACCAUCACACCCGCACCAGACCAUAAUUCUCUACCAGUCCAGAGCCAGCCCUCGCUGCCAGUGACCCUGAAUGUUACCUCCCCGUCUCCACCAUGAGGCUUAGCGCCCACAGCUGGGCUUCCAUCCCUUCCUUAAUCCGGCAAGCAUUUGCUGACUGUCCGUCAUGUGCUAGAACUACAGCAUACAGAACAGAGUCCCCUACCCUUACCAAACUGUUUCCUCCCCCAAACCUAUCACCUACUGUUCAGCCAUGACAACUGAAUUCAGACAGUGUUCACCCUCUGCCAGAGAAACCCAGGAAAAUGCACACAGCAGCAGGCAGAGAGACCCUUGUGUGAGGGACCAGGCAGCCCCAGAGCAUAUAUUUGUACCCAUCCUGUAUGGACAACCCCUCCAGAUCAAGCUAGUGAGAGCUUCCCAAAGCAGCUUCCAAUUGCUUUCCUUGACACUCACCCCAACCACCUAUAUUCCCAUCCUUUACGUGAUGCAACCAUUUAUCACUAAACUGGACUCUCUAAAACUCUUAGUCUAGAACUCGUCCUGAGGGCUCUGGUUUGCAUUUGAUGAACCCUCAAGAGCUCCCUACUGCCAGGUGCUGAGCAACAGUAGCAGGGAAUGAACCGGUCUACCAGAGACAUGGAGAGAGUAUUGCUAACACCCUUGAAAAACUGGACAUGGUCUAUGGUGCCGAUGUUCUCUCAGUGAUGGUGGUGCACUGUUAUUUAUGCUGGCUCUUGCAAAAUAUUCUGAACAAUUAAAUAAGAAUAGUUUCCUAGCCGGCUUUUUUUUUAGUUGAAGGAGUACUAGAAAAUUGUUAAAGGGUGGUGGGUAAAGACAGAGAUGGGGGAAGGCAAAAUGAAGACCAUUAAAGAGCCCAGUGGAUGACAGUGUCUCUAAAAUUGCCUUAAUGCCCGGCACACACUGCGUACAUAUUUGCGUAUGAACUACUACUGUUUUCCAAACUGCCAACCCCUGUUGGAAGUCUUUUGGCCCCACACAGUUUUGGAAAUAUGGUGGCAUAAAAGUCAGUGAUCACAAGCUAAACCAGCAAACUGGAGCAAUGACUGCAUUGCGUCUUUGGCUUCUUUGUGCAAUGGGCUCCUCCGUGACUUCCCAUGGUUACUUCUGCCAUGCCAGAAGGUACACUUAUUCCCAAGAUGUGUGAGCAUGAGAUUUUACUGCCCAGAAAUUCAGAAAUGGCUAUGCUAAGUCUUGUUUGGGCUGGGGAGAUAAGGGAUAAAUAUUUUGAUGUCUAAAGGCUGUAAACUGUUAAUGCUUAACUUUUCCUCUUGCUUCAAUCCAUGCUACACCCGUAUUAAAGACUGACACACUUGUGCAAACACAACACUCUUGGGAAUGAACUGAAAUGAAUAAUUAUCAGACUGUCCAGGGUGCCAAGAGGAUUAGCUUACUCCAGCUCCAGAACUGAAUUUAAAUAUGCAGAGCAUUGUCAGUUCUGCUAGGUACAAAGCAAAUCGCUGCAGUAGUCUGAGACUUUACUAGGGACACGGAGACCCUACCGACUUUCUUAUGGGGAGUGGCACACCUUCCGAUCUCUGAGCGGGCUCUGUGUCCCUGCAGAUUUGAUAUCUACCUCCAGAAUACGGGUAAACCACACUUAGUUUCUCUCCAGAGUCCGUGUACAGGUGGCCCGCAGAAGCUCACAGGCCUACUUCUAAGGGCAAUGUGCCAUCUUUAACAUUCCAGGGGAAAAGGAAGCUCAGCCUUCCCUGAGAAUAUAAAUCGAGGAUGGGCCUCCCUCCCCUUGUGACUUGCAAAUGCUCUGUCUGCAAACUUCACGGCAUUGAUUUUGGAUGAUAACAGUAAAAGUCUCAAGGAGGGAAGUUUCCGAGAUCCCCCUCAAGCACUUUUCUUCUACCAAACCUCCUCUUCCCUGUGCAUCAGCAGCUUCAUUCUGAUGCUUGCCUCAGAUUUUUCAGAGUAAUUUUGUUACUUGACAACUAGACUUACAGCUGCCAUUGACUAAAUCUAAUCUCUGACAGUGACAUAAACUCCUUUAUCCCUUCCAGGAUGUUUUGUUAACCCCUCCCACGGCCCCUCCACCCCCCUUUCUGCUUUUGUUUUGUGUGUGUGUGUGUGUGUGUGUGUGUGUGUGUGUUUAAUUUUUUUUCUUUUCAUGUCUUUCUUUUAAGAUAGCACCACGGGUAGAUUUCAAAUACUCAAGAAGUAGCUCAAAUUAGAUCAGCACAGUGCUCACAACUUUUCCCCAGUCCUGACUAAUAAUUCCUCCAUAAGACUGAUCUUGGAGACACUUGCUGCCCAGCAGUAGUGGGGCUUAGUUUUCCUUCUCCAGGGGGCAACUGGUCGCUGCUGAUCCUCACAGCAAAGCCCGGCAAAGCCACUGGAGUCAGCAGGCAGGAAGCCUGGGAGAUGUUUCUAUGGGCACAGCUAGGGACUCCAAGUCCAAUUCAGGCAGGGCUCGCCCCUGAGUCUCCCCACAUCUGUAGCUAAUCCUGGAGCCAGAACUGUCUGUGAAUUCUGGUUUACAAAUGCACAUGAUUCCUAGCAGCUCAAAGCAAAAGAGAGCUUUGUUUCUGUCAUUUUGCUCUGGCGACCUUCCAUAUCUGGAAGACAGGGAACAUUUUGGGGGGAAGCUUUGGAAAAUGUGGGGGAAGCUGGCCAAGCACACGGGAAAGUUCUACCACACCUUAAGAAUAAGAGCAAAAUGGAUGCUGUCGUUUGGGAAGGCAGCUGGAGGGACCCUGUCAGUACUACCACCUUGUGACCACCUGGGCUGCUCAAGGAACAUUCUGGGCAGAAGAGUGGGAAGAAACAAGCACUAUCUAAAAUCUAAACGGCUUUCUGGUGAAAUUUACCGGGACAAAGAUAAGAGGGAAGAGCUAACAGGUGUAGGACUGAUUCUAGACCUCCUGCCCAAAGGCAGAAGGACUGAGAAAUAUCUGGAACAGAACAACAGACCUGGGUGCAAAAGGUUUUAGGAGACUGAAGCUUCAUUUGCCUUAUAAGGUUCUUCAUCGACCCCACAGUCUUACAUCAGGGCCUCUCUCUCCUACAUAUAGUUACAUCAAGCACUAAAAGGCACGAAUAGGGGCCGGGGAUACAGCUCAGUGGAAUAAGUACCUGUCUGGCAAGCACAAGGUCCUGAGUUUGAUUCCCUGUACAAAAAAAAAGAUACAAAUGGCAUACACUUUGUAAAGGUCAUUAUAGAACAAAUGUGGAAUUGCAUUUGGCUACUUUUUGGACAUUAAUUCUGAUCACAAAUUUUCUUAGUUGGGAGCCAGUUGUUUGGGAGUUUUGACUUGGUUUGUCAUUUGUUUUGUUCUUCUCCAAAACUCAGACAUAUCUAGGAUCCUUCGAAUGACUCUUCAACACAGGCCGUUCUGCCUAAUUGUACUAUUGGAAGCAGCCCUACUGAUGUAAACUACAAGAAGACUGUUAAUUUAAUCUGACUUUGGAGAAACUUAUACCUAAAAUGAUUACAACACUGAGGACUCUGCAGGUUGCCUGCCAUGUGGUUCACAGCCUUUUAAAACUUCAUCAUUUGGAGCAAAGGAACUAAAUGUUUGCUCUCACCUGGUCUCACCACAUCGGCACACACAUAGCUGCCAGCUGUGGAAUUCCAGGCUGGGUGGGUGUGUGAGAACGCACAGAUCUAUUUUGUGGGCUUGCAUUUAAUCACCACCAACUCCCUUGGAUUCUAUAGUGAAACACUUUGUGAUGCUUUUUUAAAAAAAUCCAAAAUAGAAGCCUCUUAUUAUAUCAUGAUUUGGUAUGGAAACUGAUUUUGAAGAUAACCUUGAAGAAAAAUGUGCUCAUCAUUAAAGCCUCAAACACCUAGAGGUUGUUCCUGCUGUUCCUCCAACUGAGGAUCUCUUCCUUCAAGUCCCAAGGGGUGAGACUGGCCUCUGAUACAGCCAAAAUGCUGUGAAAACACCUUUUAAGCUCUAGAGAGAGUCCCCAUUCAAACAUAAUUGCAAAAAUAGGAUUUGGAAUUGGAGCACUUGGUCCUCGAUCCUAAGGUCCCCGAAUCAAUUCUAAUUCUUUAUAUAUGUUGACUGUGUUUUUUGAAACCACAGUUCACUGCAUUUAGUCUGUUUGCACUGGGAGCUGCCUCUGACUGGCAGCUUCCUGGAUCCUGAUCCCGAGGAGCACAUUGGAGAGGACUGUGUGUCUCCCCUACUCCAGUUGCCGAGGUUUCCAACAGUGCCCCCAGCUCUUCUGCACAGCAAAAAGGCUACUGGUGAUAGGCGGUGCCUUAAACAGAAAGUGGAGUGGGGAGGCUAUUCAUGACUGAAUGCUAGAAACUUUGUCCUUUGUGUUUAAUUUUAUUUUUAUCUGCAGGGCUGUGUGUGUGUGUGUGUGUGUGUGUGUGUGUGUGUGUGUGUGUAGUCCUAGCAAUGGAACACAGCUUCUCGCCACAUACUAGACAAGAACUCUACCACUGAGCUACACCCCAGCCCAUUUCUUUCACUCUUAUCCCAGUCUCAGCUCAGAUCCCCAGAAAACUGGCCUUAGCCUUUGCCGUGGGUUCCAGUCACCAUGGAGAGAGCUACCAUUGGCCUCAGCUCACCCCAGGCAAUGGGCAGCUUUCUGGGGUGCCCCAAAGUUUUUCCACCGGUAGAAACAUGAUGUCCUUACAAGGCCACAGUGAGGGGACUGGGUCUGGCUAAUUACAGAAGCUUGCAUUGCAGAGCGCUGAAUAAUAGCAGGCUCUUGACUUUGUACUGUGUCUCAGUCAUGACCAGGGUAGAAGUCACUGGUCUCCCGAAAAGCCAAGCCAGCACAAAUGUUUUGAAACUAAUUCCACUGAAACUCUUAUGUCACUAAAGCAUACUACUGUAGUUCCAGUUAAUCCAACUAUUUAAUAUCAUUAGGCACUAAAUUAAAUAGCUUUACACAAAAUUUUAGAAAAGAUCAAUAUUGCAACAAAAUUACAUAUUAGCAGUAAAAAGCACCUGAGAAAAGAAAAUAUUGAUCUGUUGUGGUUUCUAUACUAGAGUUAUUCUUAGGGCUUAUUCUUAGGAGUUAUUCUUAGAACAUUGGCACUGUUCUGAUAAACAGGAAGAAAAUGUUCUGAAUUCGAGAAUGCAAGACUAAUAGAAAUCACCCUGUCUCUGGGCCUCUGCCUGCCUAUCUGGGACACUCUCAGUCCCUCCUCAACAGAGUUGUUUGGAAACAGAAAAGAGCUACAGGGAGAAGCUGUCCCACGCCACCAGUACAGGCAUAAUUAUCAUGGCAUCCUGGGUUAUGGCUUUUAUUUAAUGAUACCUUUCCUCACUGGAGACUUUCUCCUAAAAGCUGUUAUUACCGAGCCUCCUCUCUGGGAUUUAGAAAGGAAAAAGAAUGAUGAGAAAGUAGCAGUGAGUGUCUAACAUCCCCGUUGCAUGCUUUUUCCGAUGUGUGGGUGCUGGUCUGCAGAGUCCAGAGCCAAGGUGUCCAUUCAUCUCCACUUCUCCACUGCCCCUUGAUCUCCACUUCUCCACUGCCCCAAGGGUCAGAGCACUGUGACCUACCACGGGGAGACCCUGGCUUGGAUUAGGGCCUGCGAAGACUGCCAGUCCUCAGGUCAGAGAAGAUCAAGGGAAGUGCGAAGUUGACAAGCCAGGGGCCACAGGAAGCAGAAAGCCAGACCAAGUUGCAUGUUAGUUAUUUGUUCUAGGGAGGAGCAAGAAAGAGAAAUCACGCAAGGUGGAUUAAAUAUAACUCAGGUUUGAGUGGGGAAAAAAGAAAACCGGCUAAUUCUUUUACAGACACCAACAAACAUGGCUAAAAAGCACAUUUCUUAACACAGAAGCCUAUGUAGAUAGUAGACAUUUUAUAGCUUCCUUAAGUGAGCAAUAGUCUGAACUCUCUUGGUCUCUUAAGAAUGAUUGAUUGAUUGAUUAAAUACGUAUUUCCCUCGUUCAUUGCCCACACUGUAGUGCAAUUCUCUCUAUGCACCCUACGAAGACUCGCAGGCCCAGAUUUAGGUGGACACAACCAAGUCACAUGGAGAAACAAGAGUGCCUUUUCUGUUAGAUACUCACUUUCAUUCUCUGGGUUCCCAGGGCAUAAGAUGUUUAGAAACUUUUUCCUCUAAACAUAAGAGUUACUGUGCACCACGAUUUUGAACCACUGAUCUCCAUACCUUAAGCAGCUACCAACUUGGGUCUCCUUUCUAUUUUCUUAUAAUACUUCCUUCUGUUUGAGGUUUUCCUCAAGAAAAACUAGGGAGCACGAUUCUUUUUAAAUUGAUAAAAAAUGAGACUGUAUAGAUUUUUGCUCCCUUCGUGUCCAAAAGCAUGAUCUCUGUCAGGCCUGAAAAUCUGCUUUAUCAUUUUGUAUAUUUGACUAUUUUGUAUUCAGCAUUACUUGACUCUUUAUGUGCAUGGCAAUAUAUUAAAACGUGCGAUUUCUA